AUGUUCCACUUCACGCCGUUGUUCGGCGCGCAUUCCGCCUCACCGGCCUCCGCUUCCCUCCUCGAACUCGACGGCGGAGUCAAGAUCCUGAUUGAUGUCGGCUGGGACGAGCAAUUCUCCGCCGAAGCGUUGGACAUACUCGGCGAACAUGCGCCCACCAUCUCCCUCCUCCUCCUCACCCACCCGACGCUGGACCACAUAGGAGCAUAUUCGCAUUGCUGCAAACACAUCCCCCACUUCUCGCGAAUCCCCGUCUUCGCGACGACUCCAGUCAUCAAUCUAGGCCGAACACUCCUCGCCGACCUCUACGCCUCCUCCACCCCGGCCGCCGCCACGAUCCCCAUUGGAGGUCAACAUGUUCUCUUCGACGCCCCCACGCCCGAGGAAAUCACGACACAUUUCAAUCGCAUCCAUCCGUUAAAGUACAGCCAACCCCACCAACCGCAACCCGCGCAUUCCCAGCCGUCGUUGGGUCACCUCACCAUCACCGCCUACAGUGCCGGACAUACGCCCGGAGGAACCAUCUGGCAUGUGCAGCAUGGCUUGGAGAGUAUCGUCUACGCCGCCGAUUGGAAUCAGGCGAGGGAGAAUCUGUUGUCGGGAGCCGCGUGGUUGGGAGGGGCCGGCGGUGGUGCUGAAAUCAUCGAGCCGCUUCGUCGUCCCACCGCCCUCAUCUGCAGCUCGCGAGGGGUGGAGAAGACGGAGACUCAAGGACGGAAGAAGCGGGAUGAAGUCUUGAUCGCUCUGAUCCGUGAAACCAUUGCGCAGGGGGGAAAGGUGUUGAUUCCCACCGACUCGUCCGCGAGAGUGCUCGAGCUGGCCUUUUUGCUCAAUCAAACGUGGAGGGAGAACAUUCCCGGCCCGCAUGCCGACACCUACCGACAUGCCAAAAUCUACAUGGCCAGCAAGACAUCUUCAAACACCGUGAGACAGCUACAGGGAAUGUUGGAAUGGCUGGAUGAGAGUAUCAUCCGGGACGCGGAAACGGCCAUGGGCAACCAUUCCGCCGAUGCACAAAAAGUGCCCACCUUGCUGGAGUGGGCGCAUAUCAAGCCGAUGGAGAGGAAGAGGCAGUUGGAGAGGGCCUUGAGACGAUCCAGCCCGUGCAUCAUCCUCGCUAGUGACGCCAGUCUCGAAUGGGGCUUCUCCCGACUCGCCCUGCAAUCUCUGGCCGGCGAUGCGCGUAAUCUCAUCCUGCUGACCGAAAACAUCUCUCCCUCCUCCUCCAACACAUCCUCUUCCCUCUCAGCACAGCUCGCGGAUUGCUGGCGGAAUCGCUCAACAUCUUCAUCGUCAACAGCUAGAGUCGUCGGCGCCGAUGGUCAGACGGUUCAUUUGAAGCACCACGACCUCGCCCCUCUCAGCCCGGAAGAGAAUGUGCUCUACCAACAAUACCUCGCGCGGCAACGUGCUCUCUACACCACCAUCCCCGAUACCGACAACACCACCCUGUUGCCUGCCGAAGAGGCGGAAGAAGAAGACUCUUCCGAUGAUUCCGAGGAUGAGAAUGAGGGAGAUCAUCAAGGUCGCGCACUCAACCUCUCCUCUGCAAUCCUCAAUCAACAGGGAACCAAACGGAAAGGUGGCGGUCUGACGGAUGCCGAACUMGGUGUCAACAUCCUUCUACAAAAGAGACGGGUACACGACUACGACGUCAGAGGAAAGCGAGGACGAGAGAGAAUGUUCCCCUUUUUGAGAGCACGAGGCAAAGCGGAUGAAUUUGGUGAGAUUGUACGACCCGAAGACUUCCUCCGAGCUGAGGAGAAGGUGGAACUCGACACCGUCAAGCCCGCCGCUGCCCCUGCAGCGGCACCCCAACAACAGCAACAAGGAGAAAAGCGAAAAUGGGGCGGUGCGGAAAAGAAAGGUCCUGAGAAGAAGGUCAAGAGGGAAUCCAAACGCGAACCAGACGAUAUCGAUGCCCUCAUCGCCCGCGCCACUGGCGAAGGCGACUCACCCAAACCCGGCGCACCUCCCACACCCAAUCCAGACGACGACGCCUCAUCCGACUCCAACGCCGACUCGGAAUCCGAUUACGAUCCAGAAGACUCGGAUCCCACUCCUCACAAACUCCUGACCAAACCAUCGACGACAUUGACAUUACACGCCCGUCUCGCAAGCCUCGAUUUCGAAGGAUUGCACGACGCGCGAGAUCUACAAAUGUUGAUCCCCCUCAUCGCCCCUCGAAAAUUGAUCCUCAUCAAAGGGACAAGUCGCGAGACGGAGAGAUUGGCACGGGAAUGUCGGGGCAUUUUGGCGGAGGGAAGCGUCAUGGCACCUCAAGAAGGCGAGAGGGUGGAUGCGGGAGUGGACACCAACGCGUGGGAAUGUAGAUUGGGCCGGGGAUUGGUGGGGAAGUUGCGGUGGGCCGACGUCAAGGGGUUGGGAGUYGUCGCCAUUUCGGGCUUACUUUCCGCCGGGCAACGCAGUGAUGAGGAGGAGAAGCGGGAUACGAAACGCAUCAAAGCAGCGAGUGGUGAGGAUGGAGGAAAUGCCGACGAACAAGAAGCCACACCCCUACUACCCAUUUUGGAUCUCAUCCCCUUUACCAUUUCCGACGGCGGAGGAGGUGGUAUCAAGAAAAACUCUCGACGCGCCACACAGCCCGUGCACGUGGGAGAUUUGCGUCUGGCGGAUCUGCGACGUAGUAUGCAGCAGUCGGGUUUUGAGGCGGCGUUUUUCGGUGAGGGGACUUUGGUCGUGGAUGGGUGUGUGGUAGUUAGGAAGGGGAAGGAGGGAGGCAUUGUUGAGGUCGAGGUUUGUGGUGGGGGAGGUAGGGCUUGGGAGGCUGUUCGGGGAGUUGUGAGGGGAGGGUUGGCUGUUGUUGAGGCGGGGGUGUAG